AUGGCAGCUGGGGUAUUUUGCUGCUUCAUCAUCAUCAUCAUCUUUCUACUUUUAGAGCCUCAGCAGCAACUGGUCAUUGCUGGUAACCGUGAUCUAAGGCUGAAACUCGGCAGUCAAAUUCUUCAGGACUCCAUAGUUAAAUCAGUUAAUGGUAAUGCUGAAGCUGGAUGGAAAGCUUCUAUGAACCCUCGAUUUUCCAACUAUACAGUUGGCCAAUUUAUGCACCUUCUCGGAGUCAAACCCAUGCCAGAAGGUGAGUUGAGGGGAAUUCCUGUUAUUGCUCAUGAAGAAGGUCUGAAGCUGCCAAAAACGUUUGAUGCACGAGUUGCUUGGCCUCAGUGUAGAACAAUCGGGGAAAUUCUUGGUCAGUUGUGUUUGUUGUUAUCGGCUUAUGGCCACUGCGGUUCCUGUUGGGCUUUUGGUGCAGUCGAGGCUCUCUCUGACCGUUUCUGUAUUCAUUUCAGCUUGAACAUUUCCCUCUCUGUCAAUGAUCUCUUAGCAUGUUGCGGCUUUAUGUGUGGUGAUGGUUGUGAUGGAGGGUACCCCAUAUCAGCAUGGAGAUACUUUGUCCAUACUGGUGUUGUAACUGAAGAGUGUGAUCCCUAUUUUGACAAUAGUGGAUGCUCACAUCCUGGUUGCGAGCCUGCGUAUCCAACUCCCAAGUGUCAGAAGAGAUGCAAAAAACAAAACCUUUUCUGGCAUAAAUCUAAGCACUUCAGUGUCAAUGCAUAUAAAAUCAGUUCUGAUCCAUACAAUAUAAUGGCUGAAGUUUUCUUAAACGGACCAGUAGAGGUCUCAUUCACCGUGUAUGAGGAUUUUGCUCACUACAAAUCAGGAGUUUAUAAACACUUAACAGGGGAUCAGAUGGGAGGUCAUGCAGUUAAGCUGAUAGGUUGGGGAACUACCGACGAAGAGGAGGACUAUUGGCUUUUAGCAAAUCAAUGGAAUAAAAGCUGGGGUGAUGAUGGGUACUUCAUGAUUAGAAGAGGAACGAAUGAAUGUGGCAUUGAAGAAGAUGUAGUUGCAGGGUUACCUUCAUCAAGGAACUUAAUCUCCAAGUAUGGCCAUGUGGAUGCAUCACUUGAUGCCUCAGCUUGA